AAACCAUUUACUCUGUUUCCCCCAAAAGAGUAACUAUAAUGAUGCAUAAAUAUCUUCUCUUAGUUGUAAUCGCCGGAAUUAUCGCUCCGGCAUUGAUCCGGGCUCAGAACUGCGGUUGUUCAGCCGACUUGUGCUGCAGCCGCUGGGGAUUUUGUGGAACCGGAGACGACUAUUGCGGAACAGGGUGCCAAGAAGGUCCCUGUUUCGGGCCGCCACCAAGUAACAAUGUUUCAGUUGCUGCUGUGGUGACGGAUUCGUUCUUUAACGGGAUUAUAGGACAGGCCGACGCCAGUUGUGUCGGAAAAAACUUCUAUUCGCGAUCGGCGUUUCUUAAUGCUAUUGGGUCGUACACGCAGUUCGGAAACGUCGGUUCUGUUGACGAUUCUUUACGUGAGAUCGCAGCGUUCUUUGCUCAUGUCACUCAUGAAACAGGACAUUUUUGCUACACCGAAGAAAUAGAUGGCCCUUCAAAGGACUAUUGUGACGAGAACAACACUCAAUAUCCAUGUGCAACCGGAAAGGGCUACUACGGAAGAGGCCCGAUUCAACUAUCUUGGAAUUUCAACUACGGUCCAGCUGGUAACAGUAUCGGCUUUGAUGGUCUUGGAAAUCCCGAUAUAGUUGCCUCUGAUGUGGUUAUCUCCUUCAAAACUGCCCUUUGGUAUUGGAUGAAUAAUGUUCACUCACUCAUCAUCUCUGGCCAAGGUUUCGGUUCGACAAUUAGAGCUAUCAAUGGGGCUCUCGAGUGUGAUGGAGGGAAUAGUGCUACGGUUAAUGCUCGUAUUGGGUAUUAUCUUGACUAUUGUAACAAACUUAAUGUUCAGCCCGGCGAUAACCUUUCUUGCUAGAUAAGGAAGCUACGUUUAAAUUGUAAUAUGGUAAAUUUUACAGAUAUAUUCAUUAUUUUACAAUAACUAACCCAUAUAUAUUUUGGGUUAAUGAGAAUUCAUAUAUAGGUUUACAUGAGUUCAAUAUAUAAGUCUAUCUCUUUCUCAAUCUCA